AGGCCCUCAUGUGCUCAGUUGCCACCUAGACAUCGAAGUGUGUGGGUGUUGCGUCACAUUCCCCGGUCCAUUGACUUGAUACAUUCUUUCUUUACCUACUGAAACCCACUCCGUCCCCGCUCCGGCCAUGGACACCCUCAGCAGCCUCGCCUUGUGCCGUCCUCUCGCGCCAAGUGUAUAGGGCCGCUGUGGUAUAUACUGUCCCCCUUAGUGCUGAAGUAUCAAUGGCAGUGUGAUGCGGUAUCGCCACGCCGCCUACUACUGUGUUUGUACUGAAGGCGUCGGCUGGUGUUGCUGAUACACGCCCACGGCAGGUGUAGGUGUACGAGAGGGAACAGUCUGCAGUGUGGAGCGAGUGACCUGCAAACACACACGCACGCACACUUGUAGAUCCAGUGGAACACCUGCUGAAAAUUUGGUAUUGCUUUCAUUAUUAGUGUCAUCAUCAGACUCAAUUGAAGUGUCACCGGCGCGGAAACCUUACUACAAAGAAAACGGUGAAACUAACCAAAAAGCUGAUAGGAACACCAAAUGAAACUUUAAUAACCAAGCUGGACAGAGGAAACAGAUUAAUGAAAGGAAGGGAUGACAGUCAAGACCCAGAAAAGUUGUAAUUAGGGGACAAAGGAAAGAAAGAGACUGAGAUAAUUAUAGCGAGUCAUCAGGGAAGGGGAGUGCCACCAUCAUGUUAUUAGAAGGAGGCACCGCGCCUUCCCACGCCUCCCCGAAGCUGUAUGGGUGCCGCUGCGUCGUGUGCAAUGAGUUGGAAGCACUGGAGGCGUGCAAGUGGCUGAGGGCUGCAGGCUUCCCCCAGUAUGCGCAGAUGUACGAAGAGCUACAGUUCCCCCUGGACCUUGUGUCAGUGGAGAGGGAUCACUCCUUCCUCGAGCGGGACUCCCUGCAGGCGCUCUUCAGGCGACUCACUGCUCUCAACCGCUGCGCCCGGAUCAGACUCGACUCGGCCCGAAAGAGCAAGGCGGAGGAGAGUGACGAUGAUGAAGACUUGGUGGCGAUCUCAGACAACUGGCUCUUCCAACGACAGUCCCGCCGCUGGUCCAGGUUGGAUCAGGAACGAUCCCCGCGCUCAGGUGGCGGUGGAGAGUCGCAAGGGCUCGAGGUGCCGGAUGAGGCCUUGUUGUCUCAGUUCAAGCGCUCGGGGUCGGAGAGGCUGAAGGACGGAGCCAAGGCGUUCCUCAGAAGGAUGGAGUCACUCAAGAACAAGAAAAAGAAAAGACACAGGGAUGGCGUAGUAAUAAUCAGCAGCCCCAAGCUUGUGGAUGAAGCAGGGAUGCGGGAGAGGGUGGGUCACCUAGGUUGUGUUGACCUUCCCACUGAAGCCUCCCCCAUGCUGACCUCCCACUCCACCACCACCACCUCCCCCACAUCCACCCCUGCCGCUGCUGCCUCCACCACCAUCACCACCAUCCCAGCCACUGCCACCACUACCAUCACCACCACCACUACCACCAGAGAGCUGAUGGGAGAGGACUCCUCAGACCACUCUCAGGGCUCCACACCUCUGUCCCGCGCUCGCCGCCGCCGCAGGUUGCCACGCCGGGGAGCUGGUGGGACAGAAGCAGGAGGAGGCAGCGGGGCUCACAGUGACUCAGAGUAUUCACCACAGACUUGGCGACACCACUACCUCACGGAUGCAAACUCUAACACCAUGGCUUCCCCGGCACCAGCGUCGUCAUCUCCAAAGCAUCAGCGGGGCAGCCGGGGCAGCGGGUCCAGGUCGGGGCAGGUGAGGCACACUGGCUCACUCAACUAUGGGAAAGAGUCACAGAGCGCCAGGGAACACUUCUUGGCCAGCAUUCGAGGAGGUGUAGACAAGGCCAGUGGGGAAGAUCAGGCAUCACCUCCCCCAAGCCCCAGUGAGGACCGGCACUCUGUAUAUGACAACGUGCCACUCAUCAUCUGCAACAAGGUGUACCACGACUAUCAACCAGAAGGCCUGGACUCUGAGACUAGUGUUCCCGAAGGCUCUGGGAGCAGUGAGAGCAGAGACUCGCCACUGCCUUCCACCCACGAUGAUGAAGACAAUGAUGACUCCACCUCUCGUGGCAGAGCCACUGUGGAACGAUGGCAUAGUUUUAACAGGAGAUCCUACCAACCUGUUGCCCGCCAGCUGGGCACUCAGAUCAAUGGCUUUAGUUCAGGUCAGAUGCUUCACCUGCGCAAGAGAGCACUUCUAAGGCUAACAGCAUUGAUGGAGCGUUACUGCCCCAGCAACCGCAGUGGCUGGAACUGGGAACUGCCCAAGUUUAUGCGUAAAACAAAGACACCAGACUACAAGGAGCGGCAGGUAUUUGGGGUGCCUCUGCAGGUGGUGGCCCAGCGCACCGGCCAGCCCCUCCCUCCAGGCAUCCAGGCAGCACUUCAGUACCUAAGGGCCACCAGCCUUGACCAGGUUGGCAUUUUCCGCAAGCCUGGCGUUCGCUCUCGCAUCCAGAAGCUGCGGGAGCUGCACGAGGAAAGGGAAGAUGUGAUCUACUCUUCCUUCAGCACGUGUGACAUUGCGGACAUGGUCAAGACCUACUUCAGGGAGCUGCCUGAGGUCCUCCUCACCAACAAACUCUCAGAAAUGUUCAUUGCCAUCUUCCAGUAUCUACCUAAUGAGCACCGACUAGAGGCCUUGCAAUGUGCAGUGCUGAUGUUGCCUGACGAGAAUAGAGAGGUGCUGAUGGCGCUGCUAACCUUCCUUGCUGAUGUGGCUGCCAAUGCACCCCUAAACCAGUUUGAUCUUGACAAAAUUGUCAUCAACAAACAUCACAGUGUGACACUUUGGCAGAUGACGGCAAGCAACUUGGCUGUGUGUCUGGCUCCAUCACUUUUCCAUUUGAAUGUUGGCGGAUCAUCAGGUUCAAGUCCACUGCGGCGGCGGCCAGGCAGCACACCAGAACAGAAGGACCUUCAUGAAAAUAUGGCUGCCCACCAAUGCCUCAGCCUUAUGAUACUACAGGUGAGCCAACUUCAGUGUGUCCCAGUGGAAAUGCUGUCCAAUUGUCGCUUCACUUACCUGGAGCAGAGUCAGCCAGUCUGCUUAGAGGACCUUGGGAUGGGCUCCCCUGGAGGCCCCAGAAAUGAAGGCGACUGGAACUCCUACAUGAAUGCUUGUAUCACCUCACUCUUCAAGGAAGCCAGAGACAAAUCCCGAGGAUGGGUGAGCAUGAACUGCAAUGACUCAGAAGUGGAGGUGUUGUACCGCAAAGUUGGGGAUGGUCACCCUCUCAGGCUGUGGCGUGCUACCACGGAGGUGGAAGCACCACCUGCAGAACUGCUAAAUAGGGUUAUCAGAGAAAGACACCUGUGGGAUGACAGCUUGUUCAAGUGGCGGGUUGUGAGUCGCCUUGACCGCCAGUCUGAGGUGUUCCAGUACAUGUGUAACUCAAUGCCACCUCGGCCACCAGUCGACUACUGUGUACUCAGGCACUGGCGCAGUGAUCUUGCACGAGGCAGCUGUGUAGUAGUGGAGACCUCCGUGGAGCACGUAGAUGCACCAAUGCUUGUGGGAGGUGUGCGAGGCAUUGUCCUUGCCUCUCGCUACCUCAUCCAGCCCUGUGGCUCUGGCAAGUCCAGGAUUACCCACAUUUCCCGUGUGGACAUGAGGGGCAGGACCCCUGAAUGGUAUAACAAGAUCUACGGUCAUGUGACUGCCACUCACCUGAAGCACAUCAGGCAGAGCUUCCAGCACCACGCCAGUGGCCCUGAGAGCAAAGUUUAGACUGACCUGUGGGUGGCAUCACGUUGAUGUGGGAUACCAGUGCUUUCCUUAUUAAUAGUGAAGUGGACCAAGAACAGUGAUACACAAGAGCUUCCAUGUGAUCGCCUGACUGGCUAACAUGCAGAUGUUCCAGAGUGCUGAGCGAGUGGGUCUGGCCUGCCUGCCUGACAGCACCCAAACCCUCGUGGACCAGUGUACAUUCCUGUGUGAUAAGACCAUAGAUGUAUGUUUUUAUUUUAAAUGUGUGUGUGUGUGUGUGUAUAUAUAUAUAUAUAUAUAUAUAUAUAUAUAUAUAUAUAUAUAUAUAUAUAUAUAUAUAUAUAUAUAUAUAUAUAUAACCCAAAUAUAUUGUGCAUUGUACACCAGGCCGACUCGCUCGUUUACCAGUUUCGUACCAAAGUGCCCCACCUGUCUUCACCUGACAAUCACGGCACAAGUCUGAUGGUUUUGAUUCUCUAGGGCAGUAGUAGAGUUGAUCAGGAGCUGUGAUACUAAGUAGCCAUGCAAUCUGUAAAGAACAAUGAGCAACAUUGGGACAUGUAUUCAUUCAGUAUCAUCACAUAUAAUAGCACCAUAAGUAAACCAGUAUUUCUAUCAGCACUCAAUGAAAAUACUUGAAAAUGCAAAGAUUGUAAGGUAAUAUGUAGAUUUUAAAACUUCCUUUAACUCUACUGCCUUAAGGGCUUCAAGAUCUGUUCUGACUGUGUGUGUGUGUGUGUGUGUGUGUGUGUGUGUGUGUGUAUGCAAGCCAGCAUGAGUGGAGCUGCAAUGCCUUGACACAGUGGAGGCCAGCAAGGUAAGGCAGGGCUGCAUGGGCCCAGUCAACCCUGUGACCCUGGAUCCUUGGCUAGGCCUUCCUAUUUUUCUAUGUUAUCUAGUGAGGAAGACUGAGAGAACAGAUAUAUUUUAUUGUAGGUAAGAGUCGAUUACUAUACUGUUUGGGUGAAAAAGUUAUUAUUAGUGUUAAUGUUACCUCCUGGAGUGCCAACCACUCAUGGCACACAGCCUUGCCUGGGAGUGGUGGUGCAUCCAUCUUUGUUGUCAUGAAAUGUGUUGAAAGUAAACAGUGUACUACUUAAUUAUCAUCACAUCUUGAAAACUACAUCUGUGACCACAUCUGCAUAAUGUGGCUCAGGGUUUUUUUCUGCAUGUGUGUGUAUUAUAAACUUGAAAACCUUAUUAAAUUAUCCUCUUAAGCAUUGUUGGAGCUCACCAUGAACCAAAGUUUUAAGUCAUAAUAUCAUCAAAAUACAAGUAACCAUUAUAGUGUGAGACUCAAGGUGCCGAGGAGUUGAAGCUCACAUGCCUAGUCUGUACAGAGUUUUGUAAUUUCAUGUGUAGCACGUCUCCCAAGGGUACGUGUCAAACAUUUUCUAUUGUAUUAUUACCUCUUUAACACAAUAACCUGCUUACAUAAAGUUUUUUGUAUAUUGUUAUUGCCAUAGACCACCAGCCACCUACGGGGCCGCCUGACAGGUGACCUCAAUGCCUCUCUGUUGUACCUCCUGGUGCUGAAAUAUAUUAUCAUUAAUUUC